AUGGCAAGCUCAAGAAUCAACGAGGAUUGGAGCAACCGAUCUGCCGCCUACAGAGCAGUCUUAGAGGGAAAAAAACAGUCAGUAGAAACCUUUCGCAGUUUCUGGAGGGAAGAAGGUGUGAAACCACUUGAUAAAUGUGGUGAUACUGUUCUCCAUUUUCUGGCCAUUUACGGAAAUGUGGCUGCUUUCAGAUUACUUCUCCAAGACGGUCUUGUGACCAGCGAAAAUCUGAAGGCAAAGAAUGUCAACGGCGACACUGCAUUGCAUGAAGCUGCAAGAUUUGGCCACAGGGAUGUUGUAGAGAUCAUGUUAAGGACCGAAAAGGAUUUGGCGUCUGAGAGCAACAAACUGGGUGAAACCCCUCUUUUUGUGGCUGCUGCAUGUGGGAAAAAGGAAGUUUUCUCACUUCUGGAAAAGUACAUCGGUGAUUGCAUGAUGAGGAGGAAUGAUGGAUGCACAAUCCUUCAUGCUGCUGUAAUUGGAGGAUGUUACAGUUUGGCAAUUGGCAUAUUGGAGUCGUAUCCUGAUCUUGCUGGCAAACGUAAUGAAAAAGGAAAAACUGCUUUACAUCUUUUGGCUGCAAAACCAGAGUCCUUCAGGAGUGGUUCUGCCUACACUCUCAAAGAUCUUGGGAGGAAGUCCCUCAUUCCUCUGCAUAUACUCCGAACUGUAAUCUAUUCUUGUAUUCCGGUCUUGUACAAGGAAUUGCCACCUGUGAAUAGUGCAGAAGAACCAAGCAAUUCAGCUUUCAUUCAUAAAUUGAACAGAUCUUCUUCUGCCAAUUAUAUCUUGGGUUUUCCUUGGCUUAAAGAAAUUGAUGAUGCAAGGCAAAGCCAUGCAGCUGCAGUAAUGCUUGCAGAAAGGUUAAUCAGAAGAGAAGAUUGGAGCCACUAUGUGCAUACAGAGGACAAAGAUCUUGAAGGCAGCCAGUUCGGGAUAUCAUCAGAAAAGAAAAAUAGGUUGCCAGAUCCACUAAUACAAGCAACGAGGCUGGGCAUCAUUGAGUUAGUUCAGGAAAUCCUCAGUGUCUACCCUGAAGCUGCGUAUACCUUCGAUGGAACAGGAAGGAAUAUACUGCAAAUUGCAGAUGCUAAGUGCUAUUGA